GGCACCAUGCGCCCCGCGCCCGCGCUGGCCCUGGCUGCGCUCUGCCUGCUGGCGCUGCCCGCCGCCGCCGCCGCCGCCUCGGCCUCUUACUUCGGUCUGACUGGGCGAGAGGUCCUGACACCCUUCCCAGGCCUGGGCACUGCGGUGGCCCCAGCACAGGGUGGUGCCCACCUGAAGCAGUGUGACCUGCUGAAGCUCUCCCGUCGCCAGAAGCAGCUCUGCCGCAGGGAGCCUGGCCUGGCUGAGACCCUGCGGGAUGCUGCCCACCUGGGCCUGCUGGAGUGCCAGUUCCAGUUCCGGCAGGAGCGCUGGAACUGCAGCCUGGAGGGGAGGACCAGCCUGCUCAAGAGAGGUUUCAAGGAGACAGCCUUCCUGUAUGCAAUAUCCUCAGCCGCGCUCACUCAUGCGCUGGCCCGGGCCUGCAGUGCUGGGCGCAUGGAACGCUGCACCUGUGAUGACUCCCCGGGCCUGGAGAGUCGACAAGCUUGGCAGUGGGGAGUGUGUGGUGACAACCUCAAGUACAGCACCAAGUUCCUGAGCAACUUCCUGGGGCCUAAGAGAGGAAGCAAGGACCUGCGGGCUCGGGCUGAUGCCCACAAUACCCAUGUGGGUAUCAAGGCCGUGAAGAGUGGCCUCAGGACCACCUGUAAGUGCCACGGCGUGUCUGGCUCCUGUGCUGUGCGUACCUGUUGGAAGCAACUCUCCCCAUUCCGAGAGACAGGCCAGGUGUUGAAGCUACGCUAUGACUCUGCCGUCAAGGUGUCCAGUGCCACCAACGAGGCCUUAGGCCGCCUGGAGGUAUGGGCACCUGCCAAGCUGAGUGGCCCCACCAAGGGCCUGACACCCCGAUCUGGGGACUUGGUCUACAUGGAGGACUCCCCCAGCUUCUGUCGGCCCAGCAAGUACUCUCCAGGCACGGCAGGCCGAGUGUGCUCCCGGGAGGCCAGCUGUAGCAGCCUGUGCUGCGGACGGGGCUAUGACACCCAGAGCCGCCUGGUGGUCUUCUCCUGCCACUGCCAGGUGCAGUGGUGCUGCUAUGUGGAGUGCCAGCAGUGUGCCCAACAGGAGCUCGUGUAUACCUGUAAGCGCUAAGCUGCUGCUGCUGAGCCUGUGGCACUGCCAGGACUCCCAAGGCCCCUCCAGGGAGGCACACAGAAUACAAGAACACACUGGCCUGCGCUGCUCACCACCCCUCCCUUUACAGACCCUUGCCAGCCUUCUGCUUCCCUCCAUGCUUGGCGGCAGAGAGAAGCAAAGCCCUGCUUGGAGUCUCAGGGUCCUUGACCUUGUUGAGGAUAUGGAGUGGGAGGGUAGACUGGGGAAGGGAUGUGUAAGGAAAAUAAGGGAGACAGAGAAGAGAGCAGGGGUGAGGUUGGCUGAGCAAUGGAGGAUGUCCUGCCAUCUCCAUUUCUAGGAUUGUCUGGAGCUGGAAGAAAGCAGAGGAAGGAUGCAGGGCAGCUGGGGCAGGUGUCCAUCUAGGAAGGGUCAGUCCAGUCCUUUGGGCCUACCCAGAGGGUGGUGAGCUCUGAGUGCCAUUUGCCUGCACUCCUCUGGUAGUUUUACACUGCUGAAGAUGGUGGCAGGAGCUGGUUGUGCAGAGCAAGGAAAGUUUUCUGAGCUUGGCUGGACCCAAGUCAGAUGCAGGCCCAGGAGCCCUGUGUCUUAGCUUUGACUUUUCCAGUUUGCCUUAAUUAGGCACCCUUAUUGUCUCCAGGACCAUCCUGCCCUGAUCAUUAUAGAACCCAAUACAGAUAAGAUGGGUGAGUGAGCCAGUCCCCAAGAUCUGAGGUU